UCUCUCUCUCUCUCUCUCUCUCUCUCUCUCUCUCUCAAUUUCUCUUUCUCCCUCUCACACACGUCCACCAGUAGGAUCCGCUAAACAACAUAACCUGUCAGAGCUGGUAACACGCGUUUAGUUAAGGUGUGCCUGUCUUCCAGAGCAGCCCUUGUCUCUAGUGUUGUUUACAGGUGAAAUAGGCACCGUGUUGGUCGUGCUGCUUGCUUAAUUGAUUGGAGACAGCGAAAGAGCAAAUGAAACAGAAACAUGGCAAUAUUUGGCUUGUGGAUGCUAGUCUUUCUGGUGUGCUUAGAUAUCAGUCAGUCUUGCCAGAGUCCGGAUGAUUUUGUGGCUGCCAGCUCUCCCGGAGAUAUUGUCAUUGGAGGCUUGUUUGCAGUUCAUGGCAAAAUGCUACAUUCAGAAGAAAAGCCCCUCCAGCCUGUGAUCGCCCAUUGUGCUGGCUUUGAAGUCCAAGUGUUUCUUCAGAGUCUUGCAAUGAUCCAUGCCAUAGAGAUAAUCAACAACUCAACACUUUUGCCUGGAAUUAAGCUGGGCUAUGAGAUCUAUGACACUUGUGCAGAGGUUACUCGGGCCAUGGCGGCAGCUUUGCGAUUCCUGUCAAAAUUCAAUGCUUCCAAAGAUUUAGUGGAAUUCCAGUGCAAUUAUUCAGACUAUACACCUAGAGUAAAAGCGGUCAUAGGUGCCACCUACUCAGAGGUAUCUAUGUCAGUUGCAAGGAUAUUGAAUUUACAGCUAAUACCACAGGUGAGUCAUGCAGCGACUGCAGAAAUCCUUAGUGAUAAAGUCCGCUUCCCAUCUUUUCUGCGCACUGUGCCCAGUGAUUCUUAUCAGACCAAAGCCAUGGCUCGAUUAAUCCACAGGUCUGGCUGGAACUGGAUUGGAAUCAUAGCCACAGAUGAUGACUUUGGGCGCCUUGCUGUUGAGAGCUUUGGGUUGCAGGCCAUGGCGAACAAUGUCUGCAUUGCAUUUAAAGAGAUGUUGCCAGCUUAUCUCUCGGACAGCACCAUCCAUGGCAAAAUUAAUCAAGCCCUAGAGAAGAUUGUCAAGGAAACCAGGGUAAAUGUCAUUGUUGUCUUUCUGAGGCAAUUCCACGUAAUGAGACUUUUCAGAAAAGCAAUUGAAAUGAACAUAAAUAAGACCUGGAUUGCAAGUGAUAACUGGUCAGCAGCUGUCAAGAUUAGCACUCUUCCAAAUAUCAGUCGUCUGGGAAAAGUGGUUGGAUUUACAUUCAAAAGUGGCAACAUGUCAUCCUUCCACCAGUUCUUGAGCAAUCUACAUAAAACUCCAACUGGAAACUAUACAAUUGCAAGGGAAUAUGCCAUGCUUAUGUCAACAUGUUCACAUAUAAACAAUCAAGAUCUGAGUAAAUGCAUUUCUAAUUAUUCUGGUGAGAAACUGCUAAAGAAUCGCACUCAACCAAGCAGCCAGCUUUGGGAUGAGGAAUUUCUCAUUGCCAACAUUGAACCAGGAUUUAUCCAUAGCACCAUGCUCGCAGUACAUGCCAUCGCAAAUGCUAUUCGGAAUCAGUGCAAGAACAGGAACUGCAAAGACCCAUACGCCUUCGCCCCUUGGGAGUUGCUGGAAGAGCUUAAGGAGGUAAAGUUCACUGAUGACGACAGAGAGGUCUAUUUUGACUCUCAUGGAGACAUUAACACAGGCUAUGACGUACUGCUCUGGAAAGAAAUAGAAGGACGGAUUGUGAUUACCAACAUGGCAGAGUAUGAUCUAGAGAAGGACGACUUCAUUUUUGAAAACAAAGAGGAUGAAAUUGAAUUUUUGAAUUUAAAGAAUGUGCAGUCAAAAUGCUCUAGAAAAUGCAGACCUGGACAGGUGAAAAAAGUUUCUGCAAGUCCACAUACCUGCUGCUACGAGUGUGUCAGCUGCCCUGAAAACUACUAUACUAACCGGUCAGAUAUGGAUUACUGCAUUUUAUGCAACAAUAGAACUCACUGGGCUCCUGUGAACAGCUCAACAUGCUACAGGAAGAUGGUUCAGUACCUCAACUGGAAUGACUGGUUUGCUAUUUUGCUAAUGGUUCUCUCUGUCCUUGGAAUAGUGUUGAUUUGUGCCAUUAUCAUAAUAUUUACUAGAAACGUGGACACUCCAGUUGUGAAGGCAUCGGGUGGCUUAACAGUCUGCUAUGUUAUCCUCCUCUGUCACUUCCUCACUUUUGUUAGCACGGGAUUUUUCGUUGGCAAGCCCAGAGCCUAUAAAUGUAAAACUCGUCAGGCUCUCUUUGGCAUCAGCUUUGCCCUCUGCAUUUCAUGCAUUUUGAUUAAGUCUCUGAAAAUUUUGUUGGCCUUCAGUUUUGACCCCAAGUUGCAAAAGCUUCUCAAAAGCCUCUACAAACCUGUACCCAUUGUAUCCUUUUGCACCGGGAUUCAGGUCUUGAUUUGUGUUGUUUGGAUCACAGUUCGAAGCCCUUUUGUGGAGGAGAAUUUCUCCAUCCGGAAGAUUAUCAUCGUGGAGUGUAAUGAGGGUUCAGUUGUAGCUCUGGGAAUCAUGUUAGGGUACAUCGCUCUUUUGGCCUUCAUCUGCUUCAUCUGUGCUUUUAAAGGGAGGAAGCUUCCUGAGAACUACAAUGAAGCAAAAUUCAUCACAUUUGGCAUGCUGAUCUACUUCAUUGCCUGGAUUAUAUUUAUCCCAGUCUACACCACUACCUUUGGCAAGUACUUGCCAGCUGUUGAAAUCAUUGUCAUUUUAAUAUCCAACUAUGGGAUCCUGUGCUGUACAUUCCUUCCCAAGUGCUAUAUCAUACUCUAUAAGCAAGAGGCAAAUACAAAAUCAGCCUUUCUGAAAAUGCUUUAUAGCUAUUCAUCCAAAAGUGCAGGGAGCCUCAGCGUCAACCAAAGCUCUUUGGAUUCAAAGAGUGAGACACCUCCAAUGCCCAAAGCAGAAACUUGCUGUAAAGCCAAGACUGAAAAAAACUGGGUGAAUGGCAGCUGCCACUUCCAAGCAUCUGGGUAUAGGGAGAUAAGAUGGGAAAUGCAAGCCGUUAACAUAGUAGGGCCAACAAUACCUAGGAGAAGGCUUUCUAGCAUAUAAUGAUAUAGUUUCAGGAUGAGAGCACUGUUGGGCCACAGUGCCUUGUCUAUGCUUGAUCUUUUCUCCUUUGAUGUGUCCUAAACACUGUUGCCAGCACACAAAAGAAAAUGGGGAAAAUAUGAUACUGCUUCCCAGUAAGCAGUGGCUUGCAAAUUGAGAGCCUGUCAGGGGAUUGGAUAUCUCCCAACCACCACCACCCCUUCCUCCUGCCUAGCACAAUUUUUUCAGACCCCUUUGCCUGCAUUAAGAGAGGUUUAGGAUUAUGUGUGCCCCACAGUUUAUUGUGGUUAAUGCUACCCUUGGUUCCUAGACUUGAAUCCAGAGCUUGAAGUGGUUUUGUUAGUCUUCACAAGGAAAUAACUUUGUUAGCAUAAUUCUUGCUGUUGUUGUGUGCCUUCUAGUUGUUUCUGACUUAAUGAUGACCUUAAGAUGAACCUAUCAUAGAGUUUUCUUUGCAGUAUUUGUUCAGAAGGGUUUGUCAUUGCCUUCCUCUGAGACUGAGUGUGACUCUUACAACAAAGGCAUCUUUGAGUUGCAUCAAUUUAAAUGACCUUAACUCUACUUUGAAUUGUGAUGACUGAAGAUAAAAAAAGGUGUCCAUUUGGCUUUUUCAAAUAGGGAGUUUAAUGACACACUCCACAACAACAACAAAAAUGCCCUAUAUUCAUUGACAUAAACAACACAGAAUUAAUAAUAAGGGCAAAGUAAAGCAAAUGCCCUUACAAGACACCACUCUUAAAAUACAGUAUACAGUUCGAUGUUCCAUUUACCUAGUGGUAAUUCAAUCUCAUUGUAAACAGUCAUGAAGCAAGUUUUGCAUUAUUAGUUGUACAAUUGGACCUGCAGCAGUAUGUGUUGAUUUGUUUCUAAUAUAUUUACCCACAAGUACACAAAUAGCAUUUGGAUAGUAAUCAUGAUUUUUAUUUCAUAUAUGUAAAUCCAGAAUAUUUGAACUAUUUUUGAACCUAAUGUCUUAAUCAAAUUAAUUUUACAGAAACCACAUAUAUAAUACAUUAGAAAGUGUCUGUGUGCCAAGAUACAUUUAAAAUACUGAUUAAGUCAUCUCUGUUUGGACAGAGGAUUUUCAGAUUGCAUCUGUACUAUUAUGACUAGAAUAAUGUUUUAUAAGUCUGCUUUUUCUUCAGCAGUAGCCCUGUAUAUGCAACAAUAGGGUGAAGUAAUGACCUCAGUCAAGGAAAUAAAAAAACCUUUUUGAGUUUUUCAAGGAGUUUUGCUGCAAGCCAAACUUUCUACCAACAUCCACAACCUGCCACCCUCCACUUGAUAUGAAGUACAAUACCCAGCACUUGAGCCAAUGAAUCUAAUGGCCGUAAUGGCUGGGUAUGGUGGAAAUGGCAAUCUAACACAUUUGAAGGGUAUUAGGUUGGAUCUAUCGUCACUCUUCCUAUUCAGAGCUUGAAACAUUGGAUCUGAAAAUUAAUUCAUUAGUGAUGAACAUUAGAAAUGCAACGAUUUGCACUGUACUCAUCUUUAUAAUAGCUGAUUAUUUGAAAAGGAAUGUGCAUGUGUAUGUAUGUCUGUAAAUAUUUGUAAAUACUGUUACCAAUACCUCAGUGUUAAGUAUUUUGCCACUGGAAGCUGGACUCUCAGACAUCUGCCAGUGGUUUGUGGCUUCAAGUUUCUCUGAAAGUGAAAUAUCUUUUCCUUCAGCAACUGGCAGUAAUGUUGAAAUGGAUGCUGUGAUCAUCAUUAUAAAAAGAAGAAUACAGUUACACUGCUGUCAAAAAUAAAUAUUUAAAAUUA